AUGAUAGCGUAUCUGGAUACAGUACAGUAUUUCAAACCGAAGGAAUAUCGACGACGCGUAUAUUUUGAACUUUUAAUUGGUUAUCUUGAAUAUAUGAAAGAGUUAGGUUUUAAACAGGCUUAUAUAUGGGCGAGUCCACCAGGGAAAGGGAAUGAUUAUAUUCUUAAUACACAUCCAAAGCAUCAGCAUAAUCUAACACAAUCUGAACUAGUAGAAUGGUACAAGAAAUUGUUCAGACACGGCAUCGGCGAAGGUGUAAUCAAAAAGAUUCAGAAUAUCAAAGAAGAGAUACUCAGCGACUAUAAAAUUGGUGAUGAAAUGAUAAAACUGCCCUAUAUGGAUGGUGACAACUGGCCUGGAGUUAUUGAAGAAAAAUUAAUAACGAUGAGCAACGCAAAGUCGGCAAAAACAAAUGAAGAGAUGAAACUUUCGCUAUCGAUUUAUUUGAGAGAUUUGUUUCAAAAACAUGCAGAGGAAUUUUUCUUUCUCCAUCUGAAUGACGCAGUUAACACUUCACCUACAACUCGUGAUGAUAAUGAGCAGGUUGAUUAUCAACUUUUCUCCAGCAGAGAACUAUUCCUGGAUGUUUCAUCUCAGCAUCAUUGGGAAUUCACAAAUGUUCGUCGGGCAAAGUUUAGUACCAUAUGCAUUAUUCAUGAAUUAACAAAAUUACCUUAUCGAUGUGAUAAAUGUUAUGAACCAUGUAUAUGUGUUUGUAUUAGUCCAGAUAAUGCUCUCGAACUAUGUGAAAAGUGCUCAAAUCAUACACAUCUAGAAAAAGAAAGAUUUGACAACAACCAGGUGACAAUGAUAAGACAAACACCUAUAACAACCAUGGAUCAACAAUCAUUUUAUCCAGUUCGUUCAGAUUCAGUCUCAGAAGCGGUAUGGUAA